AUGGCGCCCGGUGGUGGUGGGAACAUCAAGGUGGUGGUGAGAUGUCGGCCGUUCAACGGGAGAGAAAUCGACCGCGGAGCAAAAUGUAUCGUGGAAAUGAAAGGCAACCAGACCGUCUUAACAACACCCGACAACAUCGCUCAUAGUACCAAUGCCAAGGGUGGCAAAGAUACUGGCCCCCUGAAAGCCUUUGCUUUCGAUAGGUCGUAUUGGUCUUUCAACAAGAGCGAUCCCAACUACGCCGGCCAGGAUAAUUUGCACGAGGAUCUUGGAAAGCCCUUACUGGAUAAUGCAUUUCAGGGCUACAACAAUUGUAUUUUCGCCUACGGACAAACUGGUUCUGGAAAGUCGUAUUCCAUGAUGGGAUACGGCAAAGAGCACGGUAUCAUCCCCAUGAUCUGCCAAGACAUGUUCAAGCGUAUUACGGCAAUGCAAGCAGACCCCCAUUCCAAGUGUACGGUCGAGGUAUCGUAUCUCGAGAUCUAUAACGAGCGGGUGCGCGAUCUUCUCAACCCUUCCACCAAGGGUAACCUUAAGGUCCGAGAACACCCUUCGACCGGUCCAUAUGUGGAAGAUUUGGCAAAGUUGGUCGUCGGUAGCUUUGAGGAGAUCGAGAACUUGAUGGACGAGGGCAACAAAGCAAGAACAGUUGCCGCUACCAACAUGAACGAAACCUCCAGUCGAAGUCAUGCCGUCUUUACCCUCAUGCUCACCCAGAAGAAGUUUGACGUAGAGACCAAGAUGGAAAUGGAGAAAGUCGCCAAAAUCAGUCUGGUUGAUCUUGCUGGUUCUGAAAGAGCGACAUCGACUGGUGCAACCGGCGCACGUCUCAAGGAAGGAGCCGAAAUCAACAGAUCACUUUCCACCCUUGGUCGUGUCAUUGCUGCACUGGCUGAUUUGUCAACUGGGAAAAAGAAAAAAGGACCCGGCGGCCAGGUCCCGUACAGAGACAGUAUCCUUACAUGGCUGCUGAAGGACUCAUUAGGUGGAAACAGUAUGACUGCUAUGAUAGCAGCAAUCAGUCCUGCUGAUAUCAACUACGAUGAAACUCUCAGCACACUCCGAUAUGCCGACUCGGCCAAGCGAAUCAAGAACCACGCCGUCGUGAACGAAGAUGCGAAUGCUCGCAUGAUACGAGAACUCAAAGAAGAGCUUGCUGUGCUGCGGAGUAAGUUGGGUGGCGGCGGCGGAGCCGCAGGCGCUGGUGGGGUCGCCGUUCCACCUGAGGAGGUCUACGCCGAAGGAACACCGUUAGAACAGCAGAUCGUCAGCAUCACAUCAUCGGACGGAACCGUCAAGAAGGUGUCGAAAGCAGAGAUUGCUGAGCAGCUCAGCCAAAGUGAGAAGUUGUUGACGGACCUGAAUCAAACAUGGGAACAGAAGCUUCAGAAGACCGAGGAGAUCCACAAGGAACGGGAAGCUGCCCUCGAAGAGCUCGGAAUCAGUAUUGAGAAGGGCUUUGUUGGACUUCACACACCGAAAAAGAUGCCGCAUUUGGUGAACCUGUCGGACGAUCCUCUUCUGGCCGAAUGUCUGGUAUACAACAUCAAACCCGGAACAACGACGGUUGGGAAUGUGGAAUCAAACGCCGAGAACCAGGCGAAUAUUCGGUUGAACGGAACAAGAAUUCUGCAUGAGCACUGCACUUUCGAGAAUGCCGCCGACGGGACUGUCACAAUUGUGCCUAACGAGGGUGCUGCCGUAAUGGUGAAUGGAAAGCGUAUCAGCGAACCCAGUCGUCUACACUCUGGUUUCCGGGUGAUCCUGGGGGAUUUCCAUAUCUUCCGAUUCAAUCACCCCAUGGAGGCCAAAGCUGAACGCGAUGAAAACCGGCAAAGUCUUCUUCGCCAAUCGCUUACUGCGAGUCAACUACAAAGUCUCGAGCGUACAUCGCCCACUCCGCCACGACCUAGCCAUGAGAGAUCGGUUAGCAAAGCUGGUUCGGAGUUUGGUGACAUUCGUCCGGACUCCCCCGCGGCCGAUGGUCGAGAUUCAGACUGGUCGCUGGCUCGAAGGGAAGCUGCAGGUGCCAUACUCGGCCAAACCGAACAGCACCUCUCUAGCCUGAAUGAUGAAGAGCUCAAUCUCCUCUUCGAGGAUGUACAGCGCGCCAGAGCUGAGCGAGUCAACGUCAGGGAGGGUGAUGAAGACAUGGACUCGGUUACUUCUUAUGCGAUACGCGAGAAGUACAUGUCGACAGGCACACUCGACAAUUUCUCACUGGACACUGCGUUAACGAUGCCAUCUACGCCAAAGGCAGGCGAAGUGGACGAGCGGCUGAGGGAGAUUCGAGAAGUCAUGCAGACGCAACUAGAGAAACAGAAGGACGAAUAUCAGGGUCAGCUUAAGAGUGCUGAGGCUGCCAAUGUUGAAGUCGAAGAAAUUAGGAUGGAAAAGGCCAAGAUGGAGGAGACCCUCACUCAGCUGAAGGCUGACAUGCAAAAACAGCUUGAUAUUCAAAAGCAGGAAUUUCAAGCGAAAAUAGAGAAGCUGGAUCCGCUCAAGAGGCCAAAGGCGAAACCGAAACUUUCCGAAGAAGAGAUUCAAAGAGCGAAAAAGAUCGUCAAACACUGGAGAAGUCGACACUACGUCCAAAUGGCGGAAGCCAUUCUCCAGCACGCUGCCACUCUGAAAGAAGCCCAGAUCAUGAGUGAGGAACUAGGGGAAAAUGUUGUUUUCCAGUUUACCGUUGUGGAUGUUGGGCAUGCGCUGUGCUCCUCGUAUGAUAUGGUUCUUAACGGAGUCGACAACGAGAGUGACGACAUGUCGCUUGGAGAAGCCCAAAAACCAUGUGUCGGUGUACGCGUUGUUGACUACAAGAACACAGUGGUACAUGUCUGGAGCUUGGAUAAGCUUCACGACCGCGUACGGCAAAUGAGGCAGUUGCACCAGUAUCUUGACCAGCCUGAGUACUCUCAACACUUCAAGUUUGAUAAUCCAUUCGUCGAGGCUUGCAUGCCCGAAUACUCUCUCGUCGGCGAGGUAGACGUACCUUUGAAAGCCGUGUUUGAUAGCCGAGUCCAAGAUUUUACUCUGGAUGUCCUAUCACCGCACACGUCGCACGCUAUCGGCAUAGUCAAGCUCUCUCUGGAGCCGUCAAGCGCGCGAGCGCCCUCCAGCACUCUGAAAUACAAUGUUGUUAUGCACGACAUGGUUGGAUUUGCUGAGCGAGAAGGAACCGACGUCCAUGCGCAACUGUUCAUCCCUGGCGUUUCGGAAGACGGCGUUACGACGACCCAGAUGAUCAAGGACUUCGACGAGGGACCUAUCAGAUUCGACAGCGUUCAUAGUAUGAGCGUUCCCUUGUUUGGGUCACAGGAUGUGAAUUUGCGGGUUGCUAUCUUCGCCAAAGUUUCUACGAUGCACUUGGACAAGCUGCUCAGCUGGGAUGAGAUGCGCGACUCGACAUCAGCUUCUGCAGGCAAGGCGAAGAAAGGUGCUCGGUUGAACGAAUCCCAAUUUUAUACCGAGGAGAAGCACGAUGUGCUGGCCCGAAUCCAGAUCCUCGAACUGUCCGAGAAUGGCGACUAUGUUCCUGUCGAGGUUACCCAGACUGGUGAACUGGACAGUGGCACUUUCCAGCUGCACCAAGGUCUCCAACGGCGCAUUGCUAUAAAUCUGACCCACAGCUCUGGUGAUGCGCUGCAUUGGGAAGAUAUCAGCUCAGUCUGUGUUGGCAAGAUCCAACUCGUCGAUCAUGCUGGGAAAACUCCCGACAUGGGCACGUCUACUCCAAACAUCCCGCUGCGGUUGAGCGCCAAACCCACCUUCCGACAGAACGCUAAUGGCACUCGAAGCUUGACGAUCAGUGGCCAAUGGGACUCGAGCUUGCACAAUUCUCUCUUGCUCGAUCGUACAACCUCCGACAGAUACAAAGUCCAGAUGUCUCUUUCUUGGGAAAUAAUCUCUGAGAGACUGGCCGAACCUAUGAAGUUCUCUACCAACUUGUUCUGCCGGAUCCUCGGUCGAACAUUCAUUCGCCAGGCUUCGAUGCUCUCGGCGCUUUGGGAGCGAGUCCGAAUCGUUCAUUCGUCGUCUGCCAUGUACACGGUGCGUAUACGACCUGCGCCGAUCAAGCGCGUUGGUGAUCUUUGGAGGAUGAACAGCCAGCAUGACUACGUCAAAGGCGAGGAGAAUUUGAACAACUGGGGUCCCAGGGGUGUAUCACUAAUCAGCGACUUCAUUGCUUCACGCAAGAAGAAGCGGCGUAUUGCUGAGAUUGGGGCGGCGCAACUGUUUCUCAAGAAAAUUGGGCUGCCUGAGCCGAAGAACAAACCAGUUGAGGAUGACGAGAACCACCUUGAGUCGGGCCUUUCCCCACUUAAAGGUCACGACGAUGACGCUGACUCCAUCCAUGCACUGCUAAAUGAUACCCCAGAAACCUCCCGGCCUUCAACGCCCAAACCACCAAAUGAAGAAGGAGCUGGAGAAGUCGAUGCCGCCGAAGCCGAAACCGCCGGAGAGCCACACACCGAGCCACCGGGCUCGGGCUCGCAAGAGAUUACGGAGAAACCCAAGGAGCCAGAGUACCCAGAACAUGAAGCAAUGAUUUUAGAUAAGUGCCUGAAACUUUGGAUCAAGCACCCGGAUCCUGUCAUUCGCAUUCUGAGUCCCCAGAACACGGCGCCACCAGCAAAUGGUGUUGUCCCUGAAUCCACCGAACCACCAGCUCUCAUCACGACGAUUGUCAAGGUACCCAAGAAUCCCAAGGUGCUCAAGGGUGGAUAUUUGCUGGUGCCGAACAACGACUCCAGCAAGUGGGUUAAACGAUUCGUUGAGCUUCGGAGGCCAUAUCUCCACAUUCACAACGCUACAGACGGUGACGAGGUGGCGAUCGUCGGUCUUCGCAACUCGAGGGUUGACAGCCAGCCUGAGAUCCUAGCGUUGUUCAGUGGAAACGAUCACGAACAAGACGAGGAUGAAGGCACAACGAACGGUGACUUCCGACCAGGACAUCGUCGGACGCCGUCAGGUCGCGUCGUUUCCACCAUUUGGACAGGAACCGGUGACAUGAGCUCCUCUGGGCCCGGACUAGGCGGUCUCAGCGAGCGCUUACAAUCGGGCGUGUUUGCCGUCUAUGGAACGGACAAUACGUGGUUGUUUGCGGCUCGCAACGAGCGGGAGAAACUCGACUGGAUUUUCCGCAUCGACCAGAGCUAUUUCUCAGGCAGCGGCAGUGCGAGCGGUAGUGGCGCCGUGAGCCCACAACCAGGAGGGUAUGCCAACGACGACGACUGA